AUGAACGACCAGUACCACCGAGCAGCCCGGGACGGCUAUCUGGACCUCCUGAAGGAAGCCACCAAGAAGGACCUGAACUCGCCAGACGAGGAUGGCAUGACCCCGACCCUAUGGGCUGCCUACCACGGCAACCUGGACGCCCUGCGCCUCAUUGUCAGCAGAGGGGGUGAUCCAGACAAAUGUGACAUCUGGGGGAACACCCCUCUCCACCUGGCAGCAGCCAACGGUCACCUGAACUGCCUUUCCUUCCUCAUCUCUUUUGGGGCCAACAUCUGGUGCCUGGACAAUGACUACCACACUCCGCUGGACAUGGCAGCCAUGAAGGGACACAUGGAAUGUGUGCGUUACCUGGACUCUAUUGCUGCCAAGCAGAGCAGCCUCAACCCCAAGCUGGUGAGCAAGCUGAAGGACAAGGCCUUUCGGGACACGGAACGGAGGAUUAAGGACUGUGUGAAGCUGCAGAAGAAGCACCACGAAAGGAUGGAGAAACGGUACAGAAAGGAGAUGUCGGAUAAUUCGGAUACCAUGAGCUUCUCCAGCUAUUCGAGUAGCACCUUAAGCAAAAAGUUCCAGCACAUGUCUAUGGUGACUUCCCUGCCAUAUUCCCAAGCCACCAUCCAUGGCACAGCCAAGGGAAAGACAAAAAUACAAAAGAAGCUAGAGAAGAAGAAGCAGGUGGACGGGACAUUCAAGAUCUACGAGGAUGGGAGGAAAAGCGUGCGGUCUCUAUCUGGUCUGCAGCUGGGAAACGAUGUCAUGUUUGUCAAGCAGGGCACAUACGCCAGCCCCAAGGAGUGGACUCGGCGUAAUAUCAGAGAUAUGUUUCUCACGGAUGAAGACACUGUCUCCCGUGCCAUAAGUGACCCAGGUUUGCACAUGGACUCGGCCCACUCGGAAGUCAGCACCGACUCUGGCCACGACUCCUUGUUCAACCGCCCUGGGCUGGGCACCAUGGUGUUCCGGCGCAACUACGUCAGCAGUGGGCUUUUUGGGAUCGGCCGGGAGGAGGCUGGUACGCUGGGUGAAGACACCACAGAUGGGGUAGGUGUCAAACUGCGGAGCCGCCUGCAGCGCUCGCCAAGUCUCAACGAUAGCAUUGGCAGUGCCAACAGCCUGCAGGAGAGGAACGCAGAGGAGCUACCCUGGGAUGAGGUGGAGCUGGGUUUAGAUGAUGAUGAUGAACCAGACACCAGCCCCUUGGAGACUUUUCUGGCUUCCCUGCACAUGUUUGAGUUCAUCUCCAUCUUGAAGAAGGAGAAGAUUGACCUGGAGGCCCUCAUGCUAUGUUCAGACAAUGACCUGAAGAGCAUCAAUAUCCCAUUGGGACCCAGGAAAAAGAUUGUGGAUGCCAUCCAGAGGAGACGACAAACUCUGGAGAAGCCAGAUGUCAUUGUAGACACUGAACUGUAA